AUGUCUAACGCAACUGAUGCGUACUGCGUGCCCGGCGCAACCAACUUUAAUAAAGCCUACAGUAGGCUUCACGGUUACAUCGCUCUAGUAAUAUGCAUUAUUGGGUCUGCAACAAACUCAAUAAACAUAACUGUACUCAGUCGCCGGGAAAUGAUAAGCUCUACUAAUUCAAUUUUGACAGGACUCGCUGUCGCAGAUCUUCUUGUUAUGCUGGAAUACAUACCAUAUGCUUUACAUAUGAAUAUUAAAAUCGGACCUCAAGUAAAUAAAAAUACGUAUGCUUGGACCGUCUUCGUAUAUUUUCACUCUAUCUUCAGCCAAAUAUUCCACACAAUCUCUAUCUGGCUAGCAGUUACUCUUGCUGUGUGGCGGUAUGUAGCUAUAGCUUUUCCACAGAAAAACAGGACAUGGUGCAGCAAAAGAAAUACAACUUUGGCAAUAGUGAGUGCAUAUGUUAUGUGUCCAUUUUUAUGUCUGCCAAUAUAUUUCGCUAUGAAUAUAGUGCCAAGUGAAGUUACACCACAUAAUAAUACUGAAUUUGCCGAAGACUUAUUGCUACCACAUAAUAGAACAGUGUACGUUUUAGAAAUGUCAAAAAAUAAAGAAUUAGUUACGGCAAUAAUGUGGAUUUACAGUGUUAUUUUAAAACUAGUACCAAGUAUAGCUUUAUCAGUUCUUAGUACGUGCUUAAUAUCAAAAUUAACGACAACCGAACAAAGAAGGCAGAAACUGCUCAAACGAUCAACGAUUGGGCCUAACGAGCCGGAGAAACAAUGUCUUGCGGACGAAUCGGCAGCUCGUCGGUCGAGUAGAACGGACAGAACAACGCGCAUGUUACUAGCAGUUCUGGGACUGUUUCUAUCUACUGAAGUGCCUCAAGGACUCCUCGGUCUGGCCAGCGCCUUAGCACCUGACUUCUUCAAAAGUUGUUACAGCAUGUUUGGAGACCUCAUGGACGUACUGGCACUGUUCACAUCUUCAGUGAAUUUUGUACUAUACUGCAGCAUGAGCCGGCAGUUUCGCUGCACCUUCUCAAGACUCGCUCGAGGCUUGGUAUACGCUGCCGAGGAACCAGCAAAAUUUGGUACUAAACUUGAACCUACAACGCAGGCUUCAUUUUUCGACAAAUCUAAAACCAGUAAUGCUGGUAUGGCUGCUUGGUGUUUGAACUGGACAGUAGCAACCCCAACUGUAACGGGACACUAG